AUGAAGACAGAGAUAGAACAAGCCGUCAAAUACCUCUCACAAGGCUACCUUCCCAAGAACUAUUCCAGAGACAAGGUCGAGCAGUUCGAACUCUUGCUCUCUACUGCUCUCGAACGAAGGUUUGAAGGACAUUGGGAUCCUUCAAGGCCACAUGUUGGCAAUGCUUUCCGAGCCGUAUCGAUCAAUGCUGGACGCUGUGAUUCUCUCCUGCAAUCCGUCAUUACGGAGAUAGGAUUGGCCAAGUCUGACAACCACUUCCCAGCUGAUUUGUGUAUAUGGAUUGAUCCUCACUGUGUCAGCUAUAAGGUCGGCGAGUAUGGAAUCGCUCAGAACUUGUACUGUGAUGAACGUUCACUUGAAAUACUCGAUCUCCCUGUGUAUUUUAAGGGUCUGUCUAAUAACAGAGCUCGUUCGCCUUAUGGAACGAAUGGAACGGUGAGCUACACGUCACCUCCUGCUCCAACUCAACAGUCAUCGCCUGGAACUUUGAGUAUGUCUGCUACCUUGUCUUCACCACAACAACAGCGUUCACCACCAUUCCAGGCUGGCCGUUCGUCCCUUGGCUACCAACUGGUUUCAGCACAAUAG